AUGCUGCCCACCGACUGCCUGGGAGUUACUGACCUGGUGGCCACCACCUCUCCCAGGUCCCUGCUUCUCUUAGCCGUGGCUCCAAAGUGCAAGCCCCAGGUGCAGCGUGAGAGUCCUGAGAAGAAGAAGGGGCGUCAGGAGGCACAAGAGGAGGACAGUUUCCACUCCACUGCCGAGGCCCCACCCACAGAGAAGCGCAUAGCCUAAGUAGACCCCCUGUGCCCAUUCAGCUGCAACCCUGGGACCCAGGUGCAUGAAGACUACGACUGUAUCCUGAACCAGACCAACACUGGGAGCAACAACAAGUUCUACAUCAUCCAGCUGCUGGAAGAAAGUGACUGCUUUAUCUGCUGGAACCGCUGGGGGCGCGUGGUGAAGAUGGGCCAGUCAAAACUCAGCCGCUUCAUGUCACUGGAGGAUGCACAGAAGGACUUUGAAAAGAAAUUUCAGGACAAGACCAAGAACAGCUGGGCAGAGCAGGACCACUUUGUGGCCCACCCUAGCAAGUAUACACUUAGCAAAGUACAGAGAGAGGAUGGGGCCCAGGAAGCCAUGGUGAAUGUAGAUGGAGGCCCAGUGAGGACCGUGGUUCAGCAAGUACAGUCCUGCUCCCUGGACGCAGCCACACAGAAGCUUACAACCAACAUCUUCAGCAAGGACAUGUUCAAGAAUGCCAUGGCUGGGCUUCCCUGGUGGCGCAGUGAUGUGAAGAAGAUGCCACUGGGGAAGUUGAGCAAGCAGCAGAUUUCCCGGGGUUUGGAGGCCUUGGAGGCAGUGGAGGUGGCCCUGAAAGCCCUCGCAGAUCGUGGCCUCAGCCUGGAGGAGCUGUCCUCCCACUUCUACACCAUCAUUCCCCACAGCUUCGGCUGUAGCCAGCCCCCACCCAUCAACUCCCCAGAGCUUCUGCAGGCCAAGAAGGACAUGCUGCUGGUGCUGGCAGACAUCAAGCUGGCCCAGGCCCUGCAGGCAGCCCCCGAGGAGACAAAGUAAGUGGAGGAGGAGCCACACCCACUGGACCGAGAUUACCAGCUCCUCAAGUGCCAGCUCCAGCUGCUGGACCCAAAGGCACCUGAGUACAAGGUGAUACAUACCUACUUGGAAAAGACUGGCAGCAAGUACAGUUGCCCUGCUCUUCAGCAUAGUUGGACAGUGAACCGAGAAGGGGAAGGAGAUCAGUUCCAGGCCCACGACAAGCUGGGUAAUCGGAAGCUACUGUGGCACAGCACCAACAUGGCUGUGGUGGCCGCCAUCCUCACCAGUGGGCUCCGCAUCAUGCCACAUUCUGGUGGCUGUGUUGGCAAAGGCAUCUACUUUGCCUCGGAGGACAGCAAGUCAGCUGGCUAUGUUACUGGCAUGUCCUGCGGGGCCCAUGACAUUGGCUACAUGUUCCUGGGUGAGGUGGCAGUGGGCAGAGAGUACCGCAUCACCGUCUAUGAGCCCAGCUUGAAGCAGCCACCCCCUGGCUUUGACAGUGUCAUUGCCCGUGGCCACACAGAGCCUGUUCCAACCCAGGACACCAAGCUAGAGCUGGAUGGCCAGCAAGUGGUGGUGCCCCAGGACCAGCCCAUGCCCUGCCCAGAGUUCAGCAGCUCCAGCUUCUUCCAGAGCGAGUAUCUCAUCUACCAGGAGAGUCAGUGCCGCCUACGCUACCUACUGGAGGUUGGCCUCUGAGCUGUCUGCCCGACCCGCCUCCCAUCCACCGCCAGGAGCUAGACCAUCAUCCUCAAUCUUCCUCCCAUCCCUGGUGCCCCCAUAUCACCCCUUCUUGCUCUCAAAUCUCCCUCCUGUGUCCAGACAGUGAUCCCCUCUCCCUCUAAUCCUUGUUGGUCCUGGCAUGGCUGUGGCCUCAGUCUUGCCUCCUAAGGUGAUGGGUGUGAUGGAUUGGCGUUAUUACUGGGACAUGGAUACAGCAGCCUAUUCAAGCCUGUGUAGUUAGAGGGGCACAGGCUGAGAGUGGGCGGGUCCCACAUCCACCCGGGCCAUCCACCCUGGCCCAAACUGUCCAUCCGAGAGAGGCGUGAUCACCGAGGUGGGCUGCACUUCAGACAUGCACAGGCAAGUGCACAUUGUAUUGGCUCACCCCCUGACCUCUGCUUGUCUGUGCCAAAGCUGCACCAGGCCUGGGCCUCCUUGCUCUCCACAAUGACCCACCACACCACAUAGCAGUCCCAGCCCCACUCCAGGGAGUGACCACUCACAUGGGAGGACGUGGGUUAUACACAUACUCCCACCCACCCUGGUCAGUCUACAUUGGUCACUGCAACAACCGGCCUCCUCUGAUCAUUGAGCCUCCAAAAGGGACCCUCCCCAUCAACUCAGAACUGUUGGUCACGUGGGGACCCACCUGGUGAUUCUGUCCUUUAGCCCAGACAUGGCCAGGCAAAUCAAGCGUUCCUUGUGUCUGGGCACCAAACACCCAUGUGUGUCUUCUAUGUGAAUAUCAUAAAUGAAUUGAUAAUAUCUGAAAGGGGUGCAGCUCUGCUGUCAUGAAAGGAAUGCUAGUUAUUACCCCAGGUUACCCUGUCCACAAACAAGGGGUGCAGAUGCUAGACAGCAGCAGGUCAGGGUCCAGUGCAGUGUCACACACCACAUUUAGUUGUCAUGUCUCUUUGGUCUCCUUUCAUCUGAAACCAUUCUUCAGCCUUUUUUUUUUUUCCUUCAUAACUUUGACACUCUUGACACUACUGAAGAGUACAGGCCAGUUGUUUUAUAGACUGUCUCUCGGUUCGGGUUUGUCUGAUGUUUUGCAGUGAUUAGAUUCGGGCAUUGCAGUUUGGGCAGGAACAUUACAUGAAUGCUGUGUCCUCAGUGCACUGUAUCAGGAGGGAUAUGUCCCAUUCUUGGUGAUGUAAAUUUGGUUGCUCAGGGUCGUGUCCACCAGGUUUCUCCACUGGGAAGUUACCAUUUCCCCCAUUUUUAAUUAAUCAGUAAUCUGUGGAGAAAUAUUUUGAGGUGUAAGUGUCCCAUUCCUCAUCAACUUUCACCCACUAGCUUUAAAAUCCAAUGAUGAUUUUUACCUGAAAUGGAUGACUUGAAUCGAUUUUUGCUAAGAUGGUUGCAAAUGAUAGUUAUCUAAUUUAAUCCCAUCAUUCCUUCUAUAUUUAUUAAUAAUAGCCCCCUUUAUCAGUAUGGAUUUGUGGGUUCCUAUUUUAUGCAAUGGAUUAUAAUCCAUUACUAUUAUUAUUUUGAUCCUCAAAUUGUCCCAGCUUUGGCCAGCAGAAGGUCCUUCAAGCUGACUCCUGUAUCUACAUCAUUUUAUGAGCACUUCCCUAUGUUCUGGUAUCACACGAUGUUCCAGGCUCAUCUUGCACAAAGCUAGAAUCAGCCAUUUCUCCAAGGAGCCCUGGUUCCCUAGAGCAGGAAAUGGUAUUUAGAAUCCAAGAUCUGGGCAGUAGGUAUGUUCUUUGGUACUGGGUGUCAUUGCUUUUCAGUCCCAGCAGCAAAGAGGGCUAGGAAAUAUGUAUAUGUAAAUAAACACAUCUAUCUGUGUCUGUUUCUGCAAUUCCAAUCCAACACCAUAUGGUCUUUCCAUUCUUCCCCAUAUCCAUAGUUUUACUCCCUUCUCCAACUGUCAGAACUUUGGUUCUCAUCAACGUCAAUAUAUUUACUUAUUUGCUCAAUCCCUCACAAAAAGCAGUUUCAAAAUUGCUACACCCAAUACCAUUGUGAAAAACAAACUUUCUAAUUAGAGCUCAAGAUUUACUGAAUCAUUCAAGAUUAUCUUUUUGUCUUUAGACUGAGGGUCAAUGAUCAAAGCAACAAUUUGAACACAGGUUCAAAUGUUACUUGGAUUAGUUAUUUAUUUCCCUUCAGUGUGGCUAUAUUAUUCAUUUGAAAUGCAGGUAGGUUCAUUUGCUUCUAUUUAUAUUCACUUUUAGGGUUUUUCUCAUUUUCAUUGAUUUAUUUUUUUCAACAUGUAGAGCAUUAACAUAGUUCUCAAAAGUCCAAUCUAUCCAAAUCUAUGCUCAGAAGAGUGUCCUCCUAGCCCUCUCACUCCAUGCCCAACCACCUGCUGUAGUUUCUGGUUUAUCCUUCCUGCAUUUCUUUGAAAAAAAAACAAAAAACAAAAACAGACGAACUACAAAGUGUUUUGUGUGUGUGUGUGUGUUUUUUUUUUUUUUUUGGCCGCGCGGCAUGCAGGAUCUUCCCCAGCCAGAGAUCAAACCCACACCCCCUGCAGUGGAAGCAUGUAGUCUUAACCACUGGACCGCCAGGGAAGUCCCAAAGUGUUUUUGUUUGUUUGUUUGUUUUGUUUUUAAUAAAUUUAUUUAUAUUAUUUAUUUA